AUGAUGAGAGAUAUGAUGAUGGGAAGUAGUAUAUAUUCAUCAUCAUCAUCAAGAGGUGGUGGAGAGAUGGACAUAGACAUGAACAUGAUGAAUAUGAAACCUGCAUGGCUAGAGAGGUUGAUGGAUGAAACAUUCUUUGGUGAUUGUGGGGUCCACAAAAAUCGAAGGAAGAACGAGAAGAACAUUUUUUGCUUACACUGUUGUCUUAGCAUCUGCCCCCACUGCUUAUCUUCUCAUACCUCUCAUCCUCUUCUCCAGGUGAGAAGGUAUGUUUACCACAAUGUAAUUCGAUUGGAUGAUAUGGAAAAGCUUAUAGAUUGUUCCAAUAUUCAGCCCUAUACUAUUAACAGUGCGAAAGUGAUAUUUUUAAAUCAGAGGCCACAAUCAAGGUCAUGCAAAGUUACAGCCAAUGCUUGCUUCACUUGUGACAGAAUUCUUCAGGAUCCAUUCCAUUUCUGUUCUCUCUCAUGCAAGGUAGAAUACAUGGUGUACGAGGGUGAAAGUUUGUCGAACAUUUUACAUCGAUUUGAUGAGUCAGACUUUGCAAUAUCGCAAUUCGAGGGACUAAGAGCAGAAGGAUCUGAGGUAAUUGAUGAAGAUAACAACCAAAUAGGCCCAAGUUCUUCAAAUUACUCCAUCAUCAAUGAAGAUCAGGCCACCAGCAACAAUAGAUUCCUCCCUCUUCCUGCCAUUGUCCUCUCUCUUGGUAGCAGAAGAAAAGGUGCUCCUCAAAGGGCCCCACUCUCCUGA